AUGCAACUUGCUGGAAUAACGCAAAAAACUUUUGAAAUGAUUCAAUUUUUUGAUGGUUAUGAUCUUUGGAUAACUGGCCAUUCAAUAGGUGGAGCUAUAGCCUCGAUUGCUGCCGCUAAAAUAGCUAGUGCUAAUGUAAUUGAUGCAAAACAAAUUAAAUUGGUUACUUUUGGACAGCCUAGAGUGGGAAAUAAAGCUUGGGCAGCGGCUAUGGAAAAUGCUGUUGGAAAUUUUUGA